CUUACCUGGCAGGGGAGACACCAUGAUCAAGCAGGUGGUUUUCCCAGGGCGAGGCUCAUCCUUUGCACUCCGGGUGUGCUGACCCCUGCGAUUUCCCCAAAUGCGGGAAACUCGACUGCAUAAUUUGUGGUAGUGGGGGACUGCGUUCGCGCUCUCCCCUGAUAAAUGUGGUAAAGGAAAGAUCAGUAUAAGCGCUAAAAAGGUGUCGGAAUGUUACUGUAGUUCGUUUUAGGUAGGGAAACGCACAUUCCCGGUUCCCCGCGUCUCCUCUCGUAGCACCGCGCACUAUCCCACCACCCCGCACGUCCCGGCUGCCCCGCCCCGCCGUUCCCUCCCUCCGGGACUCGCCGUCUCUCCCCCGGCUCGGCCGCUCCUGUAUCUCCGUUCAGAGGACACGGAGCCGCCACGUGGCGGCGGCAGCGCGCGCGCAAAGCCGCUCCGGUACUGACGCCAUCACCGCCGUGACGCCAUCCCCGUGCGCCUUCUUCUCCAUCCGGUACCGGCAAAGGGAUCUUCAACCCGGAUGGCGUCCAGCUCCUCCCGGGAGCGGAGCCGCCGGGGCCGCUCGCGACGGGGAUCGGUGCCCACCGGGAGUAACCGGAGCCGCAGCCGGGAACGGGAAGGGGAAUCGUCACCACCGGGAGAUGCGGAUGCUCUGGAGGAAGAAGAAGCCCCCAAAUCCCGGAAAAAAGCUGUCCGUAACCAAAAAUCCAAGCGUAUUCCCGGUGAUCCUGACAGCCCAGCGGCUGCGGAGGGCACAGGACACGGCGAGUCCUCACGGCCGGCGGAGAACGGGGCCGUGCCACCCCAAAAGGUUCCUGGGAAGCGGGGUCGGAAGUCCAAGGCGGAGAUGCUGCUGCUGAAGCUCUCGCAGGACCUGGAAUGCCCGGCUCCGGAGCCCAUCUGCGUCCAGAAGAUGGUGACAAGCCCAGAGGCAGCAGAAAGCCGGGAGAACCCCCCCGGAGCACGGCCCAAGAGGAGGGCAGCCAAAAUGGCUUUGCUGUACCUGCAGGAGCUGGCAGAGGAGCUGACAACUGCGUACCAGCCUACAGCACCGACCGAGGGGACCCCGGAGCCAGAGCCGGAGCCCAAGCAGAGCCAGAGGAGGCGUCGGAGCCGGAGGAAGAAGGAGGAGGACAUGGAUAGCGAUGAUCCCACCCAGGAUGCGGACUUUGUGCCCUCGAAGGAGGUGAUGCUGCAGGCGGAGGAGGAGGAGGAGGGCAGCGAUGCACCACUCAGCGAGGCCUCGGAGCCGGAGCUGGAGGCGCUCCAAGGGCAUGGCGGGAAGGCAGCAUCCGUAGGGAGAUCCAAGCCGCAGUGCCGAGGCUUCGCUCCCAAUGGGUUCCACAACUCCAUUAUGGCCCCGGUGGAGAAAUGCUCCAGCCUCACCUGCAGCUUGCGGGAUCGGGCAUAUUCGCAGUGGGAGUUUCCCGACUGGAUCCCUUUGGCGCACAAGUGGACGUGUCUCUCCGAAAGUGAAGCUGCUCCAUACCUGCCAGCUGAGGAGAAGUCCCCACUCUUCUCCGUCCAGCGGGAGGGCAUCGAGGACACCGGCAUCUUGUACAGGGUGAACAGGUUCAGCUCCCUGCCGCUGCAUGAGGAGCGCCAGGACAUGUCCUUCUUCGUGGGUGGCCCAGUGUGGGCGAUGGAGUGGUGCCCGUCACCGGAGGGCUCGGUGGCCACGCAGUACUUGGCCGUUUACUGCCACCGCAGCAUGGAGGAGACGCACAGCGUGGCCGGGCUGCACUGCGGCCCCGCACUCCUGCAGCUCUGGGACCUGGGAUCGCUGCAGCCAGAGCAGGGCUCCGCCAACAAAGCCAGGCUGGCGUAUGCCAUUGCUGCCGACCACGGUUGCGUCUGGGACAUGAAGUUCUGCCCCAGCGGCGCCUGGGAGCCCCCCAACACUGCCAGGAAGCACCCGCAGAUGAGCCGGCUGGGGCUGCUGGCCGUGGCCUUCUCCGAUGGCAGAGUGGUGCUGUAUGCACUGCCGCAUGCCAGCGCCCUGCGGCACUCCCAAAGAACCCAGGUAAAAGAUGGGUCCCUCCACAAGCACAUCAUCUGCAAGGUGCAGUGUGUUGCCACCCUCCAAGUGGGCUCCAUCCAGGCAGGAAACGUGUCUGAGUGUGGGCAGUGCUUCAGCCUCUCCUGGAUGCCCUCCAAGCCCCAUCACCAUCUUGCAGCCGGGUUUUAUGACGGCACGGUGGCCAUUUGGAACCUGCUGAGCAAGUCUCUGCUGCAGUGUGUGCACCAGCCCGAUGGCUCCAUCAAGCUCUACCCGUUCCAGUGCUUCCUGGCCCAUGACCAUGCAGUACGGAGCAUGGAGUGGUGCAAGGCCAACAGCAACUUCCUGGUCACGGCAGGGAGCGACCGGAAGAUCAAGUUCUGGGACCUGCGGCGGCUCUAUGAGCCCAUCAACAGCAUCAAGCGGUUCCUCAGCACGGAGGUGGCCUGGCUGCUGCCCUACAAUGGUGUCACGGUGGCUCAUGACAACUGCUACGCCUCUUAUGGUCUCUGUGGGAUCCACUACAUCGACGCUGGGUACCUGGGCUUCAAGGCAUAUUUCGUGGCCCCUCGCAAGGGCACUGUGUGGAGCAUCUCUGGCUCAGACUGGCUGAACACGGUGGCAGCGGGGGACAUCACUGGCGAACUGGUGGCUGCGGUGCUGCCUGACCUGGCUAUCAACCCCCUCAACGUCAAGCGCUCCUCGGACCGCAGAUUCCCGGUCUACAAAGCUGAUCUGCUGCCAUGCAGCCCUGAUGGAGCUGAGGGCACUGAGCCGGUGCUGCCCAGGACCAGACGCUACAAUGAGAUGGUGGCCAAGAGCUACCUCCGAUUCCAGGACACGGACCUGCGCAGCUUCCAGAACUUCCCCAGCCGGGAGCCCAUGCGACGCAUGCACAAGCAGGAGGUCAAGGCGGAGCUGAGCCUCGACCGCCUGCAGCUCGAGGCGCUGCACAAGGUCCGCUUCAGCCCCAACCUGGACUCUCUGGGCUGGCUGGUGUCUGGGGGGCAGGCGGGCAUCGUGCGGGUGCACUGCCUGUCGGGGCUGGUCUGCGCCGUGAGCCCCGAGCUGCACUUGCAGCACCGCACCCGCUUCAGCGCCCACUGCAGUGACGAGGCCGGCAGCCGCCGCAGCCCCACCGAGCGCUCCUCACCACUGCCAGAGUAGCGCCUGCAUCCCUGGUGCUGUGCUCCAACGCCCUCGCUGCAGCGGCAGCAGGGCCGGACUCUGUUGUCUGGGGGAUCCCAUGUCCCCUCUUGGUGCCUCCCGCCCCUUGGGGCGCAACGCUGCUCCUGGGGUGCCUGGCGUGCUCAGGACCCCUCUCCUCGUGCUCCGUACCCCAAAAGGACUCUUUGGUACUGUUGGGGCUGAUGUGGUGUGGGGAGGGUGGUGGGACCGGCGCAAGCCCCUGGGCUGAGCUGUGGGGUUGGGGAAGCCCCUGUGCACCCCACAUGUGUGGGGCUGUGCCUGCUCUUUGCGCCCUGUCCCGGCCAAGGCCCCCCCGUGC